AUGGAUGACCGUACUGCCCCAGAGAACUCCCCAACCCCACCACCACCGCCGCUGACACAGCCAAGGCGGGUGUUCGAUAUGGCGACAAGAACGGUCCCGCCGGCGGACAAGAAAAGGACGAAGACCGUUGGGCGAGCGACAACGGCGAACGGCAGAGGGGGCGACGGACAGGAGUACGAGGACGAUGUAUUCAGUGCACCGAGGCAGGUGCAGAGCGAAGGAAGGCCGAGGAGAAUGCUGAGUGAGUUACAACCAUUCACCAUCCGCGGAGGGCCCUCGACGGUGGCCGACGAGGAGGAAGACUCCGAAGAUGAGGAGAGGGGACCGGGCGACUCGACGCCGACCCCCUGGGAGAGGCGGAGGCCGUCGACAUCGUCCUCAGAGAAGCUCGUACAGGACCUUGAGGACCUUGCGGCUGCCGAGCAGGAGCACGAGGACGACCCGUACGAAGUCAGAAACAACUCGAUGUGUAAAGAUGAGGCAUACGCUACUGGGAUCACGAGCUGGGAGGACAUAGUCAGCGAGAGCACUCCGCAGAAGGAGGACGCUGAGGGGUUGAACGACAUGGGCAUCCUCGACCGCCUGUCGAAGGAAGGCCCGCCGAGCCCACAAAAGACGCGCCCGAACAAGAGGCUGCGUGUCCACUACUCCCCGGAAGAGCGGGUGAACGAAGGGGCCAGUGCGAUGCAAGCAGGACCGGGUGCGACGGGGAUGGAGGGGGUGGCAGCGAGCAACGCGAGCGCGAACGUCCCGCCGCCACCGCCGUACCUGGCGCAGCUCCCCCCGCAGCAACCGACGCACUACCACCAGGCGCCGCUGCCCCAACAACAGCAGAUGAUGCCCCAGGCGCCGCUCAUGCCGCGCGUGAACCAGCAGGCAGAGCACAACCAGCAGCAGCAGAUCCCGCAGCAGCAGGCGGAGCAGCAGGUGCAACUGCACCAGCAGCAGCCGCACCCACAGCAGCAGCAACUGCCGCAACCGCAGGGGCAGCACCCCAACCAGACGACGAAGGUCGCGAUCACGAUCAAUCAAGUCAAGGCAAAGCUGCUCGCGCUCGCGGAAGAACUGGCGGAGAAGGCGGGCAUCUCGGUCGAAGUCGCGUGGGGAGUGAUACUCGAUCAGCAAAAGGCGGCCGCGGAGCCCACGGCGAGGGCGGCAGGACAGGAGCUGCGCCCGCAGCUGAACAGGGCCCUGCAAGGCGAGCCGUCGAGGCGUCCGCUACGAGUCGAGGGGGAGCAGGCGCUGGGACAGCCUCCCCACCCAAUUCCGAGCGCGGCGAAGGCGGAAGAGCGACCGGCACAAGCGGAGCGGGCGCGGGCGAGCCACACGGAAGCGAGGCCGGGAUCGUCAGGCACCGUGCACCACGCCGUAGGAGCGGGAGAAGCGGCACUGGACCAGCGCACUCAGGACCCGAGAACCAGACUGCAGGCCGGAGAAGCGGCGGCGAUCGCUCGCCACAGACUGCCGAGUGAGGUCAGGUCGGAGGACGCGGGGGACGAGAUGGAGGUGGACCUGGUAGGAUCGCUCCGACGGGGCUCGGAAGACCCGAUGGGGACGUGCAGCGUGGCCGGGCUUCCUGGCCACAUCCCUGUCGAGGUGCUGGAAGCGGUGUGGAGGAACAGGAUGGACGUGAGGAUGAAGGACGAGGAGGAGGAGGAGAGAGUGCGGCGCGAGGACGAGAAGGAAGGAUACAGGAGGGCGCUCCGAGAACUAGGUGCCCUGACGGAGCCGCAGGAAGGAUGGCCCGCGAUCCACACGAGAGGGGCGUACGACAGAGUCCAUCACCUGCAGAGUGCCGCCUACGAGGAAUGGCUGGCAGCCGACGACGACGGCAAGAUGCUCAUCGAGAUGGCACGGCCCGGCGACCUAGACAACGACACAGUAGCAAGGUUCGCGGCUAAGCUGGAGCACGUACUACAGGGGACGUUCGGACAUAGCGAGUACACGCUGGCAGUCCCACCGCCGCGAAGGAUCGCUGCCGAGAACGAAGACUCGGACGAGAAGAACAACGACUACUCGACGGUGUUCCUAGUGUCGGGGGCGCCGCCGCUGGCCGUCGAAGUCUUCGUCGAGCUCUAUGCGAUCUGCACGGAGGAAGUGGCGUUCUGGGCCUUCAAAGGCGACAUGGAGGUCCCCAAGUACGUCGGCGCGCUGGACGGCUUCAUGCAGAACGGAGAGAACGCGGCUGCGAACGUCAUAAAGAAGCACCUCAAGAAAGAGACGCUGUUUACCUCGAUCCUGAACCUCGUCAAGGAGAACCCGAGGCUCAGCCAUAUGCACGGCAUGACCGCGACCCUCCACAUCAUCGGCACGGUGGCAGUCAAGCUAGUCAGAAAGGACCGCAGCGACGGAGGAUCACCGCUCAUUGCGCACCUCUACAUCGACCAGCCCACAGACAAUGGCCUCAAGUGGGACGAGUGGCACCAGAGCCUCCUGAAAUUCCCUCUCCCGGAGGCGUCCGGUCGACCGCUGACUCUGCGAGGACCGGUGCGUUGCGCAGAGUGCCAUGGCGUCGACCAUGUAGAGGACGAGUGUCGGUACAGGAACAUCACGGAGUGGAGGAAGAGGACAGAGAGCAUCGAGAGGAGGAUGGUGGAGAAGAAGCUGAAGGCAAAGGCGAGGGCAGAAGCAGCAGCGGCAAAGGCCCAAGGAGGAGUACGUCACCAGGACAACAGGCGCCUUGGGGGUGGGCAGUACGGGCCAUCCGGCCCUCCGCGCAGGAACCAGAUCGACAACAGGUGGAACAGAGGGGAGGGGCCGCCCUUCGGAACCCAGUUCCAGGGCAACUGGAACCAAGGGGGCCCGCCCAGAGCCAUGAGUGGCCAAGGGGGCCAAGGGAUGGGUGCCGGGCAAGCGACGCGUCCGCCGAGGCGGUAA